ACGGAGCAAGAGAUCCGGUCGCUCUUUGAGCAGUACGGGAAGGUGCUGGAAUGUGACAUCAUCAAAAACUAUGGCUUUGUGCACAUUGAAGACAAGACAGCGGCCGAAGAUGCCAUUCGUAACCUGCAUCACCACAAGCUGCAUGGUGUCUGCAUCAACGUGGAAGCCAGCAAGAACAAGAGCAAGGCCUCCACCAAGCUGCAUGUGGGCAACAUCAGCACCACCUGCACUAACCUGGAGCUGCGGGCCAAGUUUGAAGAGUAUGGCCCAGUGAUUGAGUGCGACAUAGUGAAGGACUAUGCCUUUGUGCACAUGGAGCGGGCUGAGGAUGCGGUGGAGGCCAUCAGGGGCCUAGACAACACAGAGUUCCAAGGCAAGCGGAUGCACGUGCAGUUGUCCACCAGUCGGCUCAGGACCGCGCCCGGGAUGGGAGACAAGAGUGGCUGCUAUCGGUGCGGGAAAGAAGGGCACUGGUCUAAAGAGUGUCCGGUAGAUCGCACGGGGCAAGUGCCUGACUUUACCGAAACCUAUAAUGAGCAGUACGGAGCGGUGCGCACUCCCUACCCCGCGGGCUAUGGGGAGACCAUGUAUUACGAUGAUGGGUAUGGAGCAAUGGUCGACUACUACAAAAGAUAUCGCGUGAGGCCCUAUGCUACGGCAUCUGCAUACGACGCCUAUGCAGAGCAAACAAUGGCUCAGUAUUCGCAGUAUGCGCAAUACUCCCAAGUACAAACCACAGCCAUGGCCGCCACCACAGCCAUGGCCGCCACCACAGCCAUGGCCAAUCGCCUCACUGCUACCCUAGACCCUUACGAUAGAGCGCUGCUGCCAACCCCAGGAGCAGCAGCAGCGGCAGUAGCUGCAGCUGCAACUGCCGCUGCAGCAGCCGCGUCCUCCACCUAUUACACCCGGGAUAGAAGCCCCCUGCGCCGCACGGCAACCGCGGCCACCACCGUCGGAGAGGCGUACGGUUAUGAACGUUGUCAGCUGUCUCCAGUCUCAUCAGUCGCUCGGGCCUCCCUCUACGAUGUUCAGCGGUUCGGGCGGGAUUCGUAUGCAGACAGGGCGCGGUACUCUGCGUUUUGAGUCGGAGGUAGGAUAUGUGCGGCUGGACGUCGGGUUCCUGUUGCACGUGAAAUCUAUAUCGUACGUGUCAAACUGUGCUGGGCUUCAAAGCAUACUGAUCACGGCUAAUGUAUUUACUCUUAAUGGACAUUUGUCUCUUCAAAGUGUAGUGAAUAGUAACUUCUUAACUUCCUUUUUCUAUUUUUCAGAAAUUGCUUUAAAUAAUUUUUUGGCCUUUUAUUUUUCCAUGACCCCAGAGCCAUUAUUCUUUGCUGCUCUCUGGGACCUAAUACCCUUUACCCAAUCUAAGCCCAGCUUUUGAGCUAGAGUAGUUGCAGUGCCAGUUUACUCUUUUUUUUGGAGACGUGCUUGGGAUUACUGUCUUCCUCUUGCAGUUCAGUUUGUAGCUUGCCUGUUUAAUAGUAUGUUUGGGUUUUUUUAAAGGUGAAUAACCAGUCUUAGUUAACUAUGAAAUAUUAUAUCUUAACGUAGUAUUGCGAAUUCUGCUUCCCUUAGUUCUAGCCUGCAGUCUGGAGUCAUCUCUUCUGCCCCAAUAUUAUUUUUGGAAUAUAACCUGUAACUCUCCUUCUCUCUGAAGUUUAGCAUCAUUUGACCGCCUCUCUUUUUCCAGCAAAAUAAACAGUUGUAACAGA